AUGUCGCCUGUCCGAAACAACGCUCUUGUGUCAUUCACGAACUACAGCGCAGAUCUCUGUAUUGAUCAGACCGAUGGAAAUCCGGCAGACGGAACCCCUGUUAUUGGGCAUCGAUAUAACGGUUACAAGCACCAGCAGUGGAGACUGCAAAAUGUAGGCACGACUGGACCCUGGCCCAUAUACAUAAUCAAGAAUGAGGAAACUGGGAGCUACCUUGAUCUCACAAACGGCAAAGCCGACAAUGGAACCAAAAUCACAACCUGGCACGGUGGCGAUACCAUCAACCCUAACCAGCACUGGCGCUUCAUCACUGGCGACCCUGCUAACCCUAAUACUGUAAUGAUCCAAAAUGUCCGAACGGGAACGUUCGUUGAUCUAUUUGAGGGUAGAAAAUUAGAACAGACUCCGAUUGUUGGUUGGAAUGGUGACUUCAAGAAUCUUGGCAAUAUUUACCAUCAGCAGUGGAAAGUUCAGGAUGUCUGA